GAUUGAUGUAUUAAUGUAAUAUUUCCGCCCAAGACUUUUCUCUCACAUGGAUGGACGUCGCCAUUUCAUCGAAGUUGUCCCAAAGGCAAAGAUGGAGGCAAAGCUCCGAGUAGUAAUUGAGGACCAGAUUGAGAAGUUGCUCCUUCCAUCAGGGAUCCCAUCCACUGUGGAGGAACUGCAAACUGUUGUGAAGGAGACCUUUGGAAUAUCUGUUGAGUUCAGUCUCCAGUAUUUGGAUUCUGAGUUUGAAGAUUUCUUUACCCUCCAUAGAAGUGACCAAAUCAAACACAAGGACACCAUAAAGGUUGUUAAGGCUGACCAAAUUCUUCUUGACCUGUUUGCAGUUGAAGAUAAUUUGGACAGUUCCAUUGGUCAACAAUCAAGUGACUGUGAUCCUAGAUCUGAUGCAGAGUCAGUUGCAUUAAGUUCAGAGUCAUCCUGUGGAUCAGUGUCCUCACAGGCGUCUACUGUUAUCCUGCCCAAGAAAAGUUCCACAGAGCGAUGCCAACAUUGGCCAAAGGAGUUCCCUAUUCCACAGUUUGCAUAUGAAACUGAGAUGUGCCUUGAAAGAGCAGCUGAAGACUAUCAGAAGAAUGGAACUCUUCUGAAUACUUCAAAGGUGAAGGCAGACAUACUUGAGAAACUGUCUGAAACUAUGUAUACAUAUACAGCAUAUCCAUCAGGUGCACAGAUCAGUGACGUUGCUGAGGCACUUUGCACGAAGUAUCCAUUUCUCAAGGAACCAGGCUCAUUCUCAGGUUUCUAUGGCUGGCAACAAAGCUUAAAGUACAAGAUGGCAAAUUAUCGCACUAAACUUAGAGGCUUCGGAGUUCCUGAAGUUAUAUGCAAUGCACUCAAACGCAAAAGCCCUGCUGACCAGAAGUCUGCAAGGAGUGUCAAAAAGCCUAGAAAGGCAGAAGUAAACUACCUCCCCCCUUACCCGGCAGGAGAGAAUGAAGAAAGUCAAGAACAAGAGAGGAUUCAGCUACUCACUGAAGUAAGGAAAAGGGACAACAGCAAAGUGAUAAAGGAAAAAAUGGGGAAAACAUUUGCACACAGAAGAAAUGAAAUUGUCAACCAAUCACCCAGGAUUGAGGACAUCAAUGCCAGAUGGCCUGCUCUAUUUGAGGCAUCUCAAAUUCAGGAUGAGUUUUACAGAAUCACAAUGGUGCAUCUUGAGUCGAAGUUCAUGGCCAAGCUGGAUGAAUAUACUCCGAAGCUUGUGAAUCUCUUCCAAUCCAAGGGUGGAACCAUGGGGUUGAGGUUGCAGGCGAUCUUACUCAAGGCUCCAACCAAUCCUACCACUAACGUGACCAGAGCUGUUGUCAUCCGAUGUUUGGUGGUGUACCUUGGGGAAUCUUUAGAUCAUCUCCUUAAAGAGUAUGAUGAUACUGAUGGAGACAGUGUGUCACAGGACCUUGCUGUGCAAAGGAUUAAAAUCUACACCAUCAAGGCGAAUACAUCAGAAGGUCCAGACGACGUUGGUAUCGUGGUAGAGGGCCUGAAAGUUCUGACCGCUCUGGGCAACUUUGCAAGGGCUUGCUCCAUGCUCGUUGGGUUGAUCUAUGCUGUAAAUUUGGCCUAUCCCAAGGAGCUCAAAUAUACGUUUGAAGUCUUCCAGAAACUCCUCCUCGAGCUGGACUGUUCAAAGCUGACCCCAAAAGUGAACAACCUCAAGAACAAACUGCUAGCUUAAGAAUAUGGUC